UCAUAGUAAUGCUACAGAAACCAGGAUAUGCUCCAGCCUGAUGGCAUGGAACACCUGACUUGUAUAAUAAUUGAUUUCAUUAAUAGAUUUCUAUAGCACCCUUUCUUUAAGACUCAAGGGCACUUAUAACGUAUUGCGUAACUUAAUUUAAAAAGUAAAAUGUUUUCAUUAAAAUAUCAAAGACGCGAAAGGAAAACAAGUUAGUAAAAUAAAAUUAAUUGCAAGAAAAAUAUCUUAAAUUCCUGUCACAAGUGGGGAGUGAGGAAAGAUUGUCUUUUUGUGACUCUUUCACAUAGCUAAGACUUGAGUUUUGAAUGUUACAUAAUGUUCAUGUAGACUUUGUCACUCGUGGACACUUGUUGCAGUUGUUGAAUGAUGUUUGAGGGUUCUGAGUUGAAAGGAUACCUAGUGUGGGAGACACACAAUCAUGUCAUUAACGAUUGACCAGCCAAUCUCCUCGCCUGCAGCAGGGUGUGUUUAAGGGACUUAUAGCCCCUCGGACUGUAUUGAGUUAUUUGUGAGCAUAUUUUUUGAGAUUACAGUCAGAUAUGUGUAUAAUUAGAUCAUUGACUAUGAAAACGAACAUUUACUGCACUUGUUAAACUUUAUUGCUUUUAUUCAUAGAUCGUAUUCAUCAGACAGUAGAAAUUGAAACCAACACUGUAGAAAUUGAGGAAAAAGGCAUCAGACUAAGACUGACAGUGGUAGAUACUCCAGGGUUUGCUGAUGCUGUUGACAAUACCGACUGCUGGCAAGCUGUAAUUAAUUAUGUUGAUCAGCAGUAUGAGGCAUACUUACAAGAUGAAUCAGGUCUUAAUCGACGACAUAUCAUAGACAACAGAGUUCAUUGCUGUCUUUACUUUGUCUGUCCACAUGGUCAUGGGUUAAAACCCAUAGACAUCACAUUCAUGAAAAUACUGCAUACCAAGGUGAACAUAGUCCCUGUUAUUGCAAAAGCUGAUUGUUUAACAAAGUUUGAAGUGCAACGACUCAAANACAAGAUCUUGGAGGAGAUUGACGAUAAUAACAUCAAAAUUUACACUUUUCCUGAAUGUGAUAGUGAAGAUGAUGAAGAAUUUGUUCAGAUCAACCAAGAACUUAAGGGUAGUAUUCCUUUUGCGGUGAUUGGCAGUAACAAUAUUACAGACGUCAGAGGCAAACAAGUGCGAGUUAGACAGUACCCCUGGGGGAUGGCAGAAGUUGAAAAUCCUGAACAUUGCGAUUUCAUCAAGCUUAGAAACAUGCUGAUUAGGACUCACAUGCAAGACUUAAAAGAUGUCACACAGGAAGUUCACUACGAAAAUUACAGAGCAGAACGGCUCUCGAGCAAGGGGCAAGGACCCCCCUCUCCACGAAAAACUAUAGAAGCUAUGAAACGAAAAAGUGGCAAUUAUGAGUGGGAGAAUGUGGACGCUGCCUCUGACCUUUCAGAGAAGGAUCGAAUGUUGAGAGAAAAGGAAGCGGAGUUGCGCCGGAUGCAAGAGAUGAUAGCUAAUAUGCAGAAAGAAAUGGCAAAACAAAAACCUGGCGUUGUUGAGGAAAGGUUCUGAAACCUCCAAGACAUUUUAAUGUCUGUCCAACAGUUGGCUAGAAUUUUGUGCACUCUAAAAUUAAUUCUAAUUUAUGGAACCUCGUCUGCAAAUGAUGAAGACUAAGGUAUCUCCUAAUAAUGUGCUAUAGCAGUCUUCAUAUAUGCUACAUAUGGUCUCCAUCGCAACCCUGGGUUGUUACGCGACGAUUCUCACAGAGGAGCAUUGCGUGAUCCAAGUGAUAUCGUGGAAGAAGUCAUUUGUGUUUCAAUAAGUUCCAUCUCCUCUUCUUCGUAUGCUCGGCAGCUUUUGAAACGUCAUAGGUGUCGUGUUAGGAUUAAAUAAAAAUUUUGUAAAAUUAUAACCAUUUACAAUUUUGAACACUAUAUUACCUUUUCAAUGCUUUCAUUAACAUAUUAGGCCUCUUAAUUGUUGGCGCUAAACCUAGAACAGAUCGUGACGUUUGAAACCUCAUUACGGUAUCCUUUCUGCCUGUCUCAUUCACAAGCGUUAUGCGACUCGUCACACAACAACGCAGUGUUCUUCUACGUCGGGUAACGUAGCCUGGGAAGGAGGCGUAAACAGAGAGGCUACGCCUGGUACCUAGGCCACGUGGAGUGUAACACAACGUGACUGCUCUAUAUUACUAUUUUGCAGCCUCUAAAAAAUAUAUGUAAUCGCCACAGAGAAGUGUCUCCGUUUCAUGAUAAACUAGUAUUGUACGGUGUUAUAAACUAUAUUCACGUACUGAAAAACAGCUACAAUAAAUUUCAAACAAAAUAAAUUAUACGUAAUGCACUUAUCACUAUAAAUGAUAUCUGUAGUGUAGAUCUGUACAGUAUUUUUCUACGCCUAAAUCAAUAUUUGAAGCGUUCAA